CAAGGACAUGUGUGCGCAGUGAUGGUCUGGCUCAAGGGUCUGCAAUGCAAAAGAAGCAAAUGUGUAUAUUCCAUGUACAUGUAAUGAAAAAGGGUUUUGACUUUGCAAAUCGCAAAAGAAACAAAUGCAGCUUGUUUAAGCGCAUAGUUUUUCUUGGAAAUAUCACAAAAUAUACAUACAAAAGAGAAGGUGGGACAACUUCAUUAAAAAGAUAUUCAUCGAGCACAAAGAACCACCAAGGAGCAAAUCGAAUACCCCCAAAAGACGAAGAGGCUGGUUUUCGGGAUGAAAUAACUUGCUUCAUGUGCUCAACGAAACAGAACAUUGAAUGCUUUGAGAUUGUGACGAAAGUCGCUGCAGGAUUUACUGAAAGUGAAAGCAAGGCCGUGACGAAAGUGAAAUCAAAGGCAAAAAGGAAAUGUUAUGCGAAAAAUUACAAAAAUCAUGCUUUGCUGUUCGUUGGCACAUUUAAGCCGCUUUGGGAACUAGAACAGCCGUAGCACUCACUUGCCAACAUACAAAUUUAACAUCGCUUUCCAUUUUCACUGCAGCAUUUGAGAUGAACACUUGAGAGACCGUUAAAUGCUUCCGCUACAAGAAUUCAUCAACAGCUUUUAUAUGAUGUUUUAUCUACGUUUGCACACAAGUGUAAUGUGCACGGAAUAAAAAAGGAAAAAUUAUUGAUUUAAGAGAACUGGACGAAAAGAAGCAGUUAUGUGGUAUAUGAAUUUAACGGUAAAUAAG